UGUAACUGCCCUGUCCUAAAUGGAUCCCUGCUCUCUAAGUGCACUACUGCAUGGGUACAGGUCUAGUACACUUCAGUGAGUGGACUACACAGGUGGUUACUGUGUUAUGUUUAGUGUUUUAGGUUUAAGAGAACUACAGGCUGCUGUUUUGCUGCUGCACCUUUCUAGGUGCUCUUUGGGAUUUGGUUAAUCUUAUUAAUUUCAGGAGUUUUCAUGCUGGACAACUGAAGGAUUCUCACCUUCAUAGCAGUGAUGUUCACUCUAUCAGAGCUCUGGUCUGUUACUGAGAAACAGGGUCAUUAUAAGCUGUUGAAGCCAUGGUGGGAGGUCUUCCUGGACUAUCUGGUGCUCCUCAUGCUCAUGGUGUCAAUUCUGUCUGGGACUCUGUUACUGUCACGAGAUGAGGUGGUGUGUGUCCCCAUCCGUUCCACCUCAAGCAACUCAAGCUUUUCUUUUGGAAUUUCUUCCAAUUCCAGGGCAUCUCACACUGCAUCAGGGGUCCCCGUACCCAGGAGUCUGGCUACAGGCAUUCGGACUGACCUCGACUACCAGCAGUAUGUCUAUGUGAGCGCCGUGUGCUACCACGAGGCUCUUCCAUGGUUCUCGCGUUUCCUGCCAUAUGUCACCUUACUGCAGUCAUUGCUUCUGCUGGCUAGCGGCUCCUUUUGGUUCCACUUUCCACUCACCUCUGCCCGCAUUGAACACUUCUUAACAGUCCUUGCCAAGUGUUGCGAGUCGCCCUGGACCUCUCGGGCACUUUCUCAUGCUGCCAAGUUGGACAGAGCGCAUCACGGACACCCUUCCGAUGAGGAUAAAGUGGCCAGACCCCAAGUGCCACACAUACCUAAGCUCUUUACUCGACAGUCCAGCCUUGACUCAGGGACUGACAGCCCUCUUUUGGCCAGGACGGGUAGUUCCUCCGCCCAACCUUCUCCAAGUCCAUCAAGUUUGUCUCACUGCUCCACAGUGUCCUCUCUCUUGAUCCUAGAACCUGCCCCCCUUCACAAAACAGCUACUAUUCUUCCUGAAGGUUCUAGCACCGGGCCCACCCUGGACCGGAGUGACGGAGAACAGGCCAGAGCUCUGUUCGAGAGAGUCCGUAGGUUCCGGGCACACUGCGAGAGCUCUAAUAUCAUUUACAAGGUCUACACAGCUCAGACUGUGUUCAAAGUUCUGAUGUUUAUUGUCAUCGUGAGCUACACCACACCUCUACUGGGCUCCAUCUCCUUUACUCACAUCUGCCAGCCCCAUUCACAUGCUCUAACAGGAUACCAGACCUUCCAAUGCAGCCACCUGCUUUCGUCUGUCUUGCGCAAGCUCAUGAAAGCCUACAUCUGUCUCAUGGGCUUUUAUGGCCUGCUGGGCAUCUACACCCUUUUCUGGAUUUUUCACAAGUCUUUGAGACAGUACUCGUUCCAGCACCUGCAUGAAAUAGGAUCCAUGUUGGAUGCUCCAGACCUGUGUAAUGAUCUGGCAUUCUUGUUGCACAUGACAGACCAGUACGACCCCUUGCUGGCUCAGCGUCUCUCGGUUUUCCUGUCUCCUGUCAGCGAGACUCGGCUCAUGGAGGAGAACUUGGAGCGUCGCUGGAAUGCCGCCCGUCUGCGCUCGAUGAUCACCUAUGAUCACAAGGGCUGCUGUCUGCUGCAGCUGGUGGCUGUUCCGUAUCUCCCUCCUGCACUCUUCACCCUGAGCCAGCUGGAAGUCCUGAAGCUGGAGUUAAUUCGAGAUGCAAAACUAACAGCUCAGAUUUCCAAAAUGACUGCUUUAAGGGAACUUCACUUGUACCACUGCACAGCUACAGUGGAUUCUGGCGCUCUUGCAGUCCUUCAGGAGCGUCUGGAGUCUCUGCACCUCACCUUUAACCAAGCUGCAGAGAUCCCUGGUUGGGUGUAUUCAUUACGAGGCCUGCAAGAACUCCACCUGAGUGGACGAGUGGCCAGUGAGGGGACUAUAAGUCGUGGCUGGGCUCUGGGUAGCCUACGCUAUUUGCGCCAUCUUCGGGUCCUUGCGUUGCAUGGCACACUCCAGAAAAUCCCAUCAGAGCUCAGCGAAGUUGCGGGCACCUUGGUGCAUUUGGAGAUCCAUAACGAUGGGGCCAGGCUUUUGGUGCUAACAGGACUGCGACGCCUGGUGGGGUUGACUGACCUGGAACUGCAGGGAUGCCAGCUCGAGAGACUGCCUUCGGCUUUGCUAGCGCUAACAGGAUUGCGUAGUUUGGACCUGCAACACAACAGCCUGAGGACACUGGAGGAACUGCUGGGGCUGCAGCAUCUGAGACGUCUUUCCUCUCUACGAUUGGCCCACAAUCGCAUACUGGCCGUUCCAACCAGUGUAGGAGUCCUCCGAGCCUUAGAGCUUUUAGACUUGGCACACAAUGAGCUACGCAAUCUUCCACCUGCGCUUUUCACAAUCUAUCGACUCAGGCGCCUCCUGCUGGCUGGGAACCUGCUUGAAGAACUGCCAGCUGAAGUGGGUGCACUCACUCUCCUCACCGAGCUCGACCUCAGCAGGAACAGGCUUGAAAGACUUCCAGGGGCACUUUUUACCAACUGCAAGGAGUUGCGCAUUCUGAAUUUGGCCACCAACUCUCUUGGAUCCCUGAACACGGGACUGGGCUUUCUGAGGCACCUUUCCAAGCUGGAUGUACAAGGAAACAACUUGGAGGAACUGCCGGUUGAGCUGGGUUCUUGCUCAGGGCUUCGUGGAGGUGGGUUGCUGGUGGAGAGCUGGCUGCUCCACACCUUACCAUGCCACAUUAGAACCUUCCUCCAGCAGCCAUCUUGCACUUCAUCCGAAACAAAUUCCCGCCCAUGUUCAGAUAUAUUCCCUGCCCUUUCCGCCGCCCAGUGGAGCUUCCUUUCAUCUGUGGAAUCACGGAUAUAGUUGAAAAGAAAUCUGAAAAUGCAUUUUAUUUGAUGUUAAGCAGAUCCUAAGCAUUUUUGUGGGGUGACAACCUUUGGUGAGAUUUUCCCAAAAAGAAUGCAGCACUUUCUUUGUGAAUGCUUUCAUGUUUAGUUGUAGCGGAAAGCAAAACAAAGACUCCUUUACACAUUUUUAUGCUGGAUAAAUCACUCAAGCUUAGGAUAGACAAGGGUGAAAUUGAUAACCACAAAUAUAUAUCUAGUCCUGACCAAUUAAGGAAGUGCUUCCAUCACUUAAUUGUUUCAAAUACCAUUUAAAUUGUAUUAACCACCAAACUGCCACUACUGAGCCCUUGAGAAAGACUCUUAAACAUUAACUGCUUAUAUGUACAAGUUUGGAAACACCAAGUCUUUUAUAGUUUUUGUAACACAAUUAUGUUCCUUUUGUUUCCAUGCAACAAAAUCAGUAAAAGGCAAAAACACACAGUAAUGUGAAAGUGAACGAGUGAAUUAAAGUUCUGUGGAGUCCGAAUGUAACAUUUGUGUCUCUAGCAGAAGAACUUGUGUAAGAAGGAGAACAGAAGAGAAGAUGUGAUCAGACUCCCUCACCCCCCACAAUCACAUAUGGAGGUGGAAGUUUAAUGGUUUGGGGGGUUGUUUUGGAGCAGGGAAGGUUUGACACUUAUUCCAGAAUGUGAAAGGAAUCCUGAUCUAACAUGGCUCUCAUUCUAUACUUCAGCACCAUGCGAUUCCAUCUGGACUGUGGCUUAUUGGAAGCGACUUCACCGUACAACAAGACAACAGGCCCACGUCUGAGUUCUGUGUGUUAUUUAGAGAGCAGAGAGAAGUCUGGAGUGUAUUUAUCAUGGAACGACCUGCCUAGUCACCGCACCUAAAUCCUACUGAACUGCUCUGAGAUGAUCUGGAUCACAAGAAAGAAAUCUCCAACUAGUGAAGAACAAUUUUGACCAUUGGUAAAGUGUUUCAGUGGAACAUUUGGAGGAACGGAGUGUCCGGAUUCUGAGAGUGUGUAAAGCUGUUGUUCAUGCUAAGGGAGGAGUUUUCACUGGAAAUUAUGUGGAACACUGGUCACAUUCAUAGAUUUGUGUAGUCAUAGAGAAGUUAAAUCUUCAUACCGAUACAUUCUCGAGUUUGUUGCAUAAACAAAAGGAAAAAAACAAAAACGACUAAAUGUUUCCACACUUUUCACAGGCUCUGUGUAGAUUAGAGAUAAUUAUAAGCGGCCCUGAAUAAGGGGGUUUACACAAUGUUAUUCAACACUAUAUAGUAUAACCCUAUAGUUAUCUAAAUGUAUUAAUUAAUUUACUUACAAACUUGUUUUUGAACUAAAUAAAUACAAACAUUAUAUCAAAUUUACUAACUUAAGCUAAGCUCAGACAGGCAUCUGAGUAAAAAUAUAAGAUACUAAAAGAUAAUAGGCUAGCAAAGUGAUUCACCUGUAAUUCUAAUAGCUUAAAAUGAUCGUCAUGUUUACGGUAUGUUGAUGUAUGUGUGCACAGUUACAGCUGAAUAGAAGAAGAAAAAAAUAUUUCUUUUAGGUAAAUACAUUUGUAUGUAUAUA